UAAAGCUGAACAUAAAACCCUCCAGCUCACUGCUAAGUGCAGCACUAUCGCACAUUCCUCUGAAACACAAACACAUUGCCACAUGAUUACCUGCGAGAAAAGGAACUGACAUUCCUGAUGAUAAUCAGCUUCCCAUUUUCCUCCCGGCCAGUCUUACAGUUUCAGACCUCCAUGCAGCAGGUCAUCAGCGUGUGGGUUCGAGACCCACGCAUCCAAAAGAAUGACUUUUGGCACGCCUACAUGGACUAUGAAAUUUGUUUACAUGUAGACAGCGUGUUCUUCACCAAGAAGAUCUCACGAGUGCGAAGGAGGUUCAGUGAGUUUGUGUGGCUCCGACAAAGGCUGCAAGCAAACUCCAUGCUGAUGACGCAACUACCGCAGCUGCCCCCAAAGAACCCCUUCUUCAGCCUGAACAGCGCCCAGCAGAUUUCUGAGCGCAUGGCGGGCCUCCAGAAGUUCUUAGAACAGAUCCUCCAGAGUCCCCUGCUGCUGUCCGACAGCUGCCUGCACCUUUUCCUGCAGUCGCAGCUCAGCGUGGUCAAGAUGGAGGCCUGCGCCGCAGGAAGGACCCGCUACUCUGUGGCCCAGGCGGUACAGUGCUGCGGCAUCAGGAGGUUUCUAUCCCAAGAGGCCUUGCAGAAGGACUUGAGCAUGUCCGCUGACUCGGAUUCUGACAGCUCUGACUGCAAAGAUCCAGAGUGCCAGUUUAAGGAAAACUUGGCAAUAAACAAAGCCUCGGCUGAUCACAUGGGAACCGCGCAGGAGCAAAGCGUCUGCUGUUCCUCAGAUUCUCCAUGACUACAUCAUCAUCAUCAUCAUCAUCACUAGUGGAAAUAUUGGGAGUCGACUUGCCUGCAUUUUCAAAUGUUCGCCCUGUGCCCCCUUUUUUUUUUUUUUUUAAUUAUUAUUUACUGUUUCUUGUCAUUCUGGACAUUUUGAUGAUGUCGAUAUUAUGUUGAAUAAUAAUCAGUGCCCAUAUUGAAUGUCUCGUUUACAUGUAAAUGACUCUGGUAGUUCCAGAAGGUGGCAGUGUUGGUACAUCCAUCUGUUAGAUGUUUAUACCAAGAGUGUGCCGCGUGUUAUCUAUAUUUACUGUACUUCAUCAACAAAUGCAUCCCAUAUCACAGUCUGUCCACGGGCUGACUUCCAGAUUGGUAAGCACACGUCUCACAGAGACUGCCUUGAUUAAUAAGGUGUGACCAGCUUGUCAUGUGCACCAAGCAGUCUGUGCAGAAUUUUAAGACACGGCUUCUGUCAGGUGGGAGGUACUGCGGGGGGGGUCCCUGUGGACUGGCCUCUGUCUUCGAGGGCCAGCGGGAAGACAGGCGGGCAUUGCUACCUGCAGAAGAACAUGCCAGCGACACAGUCUCUCUGUAAUUUGCAUAAGCACCCCGUCUCCAUUCUUAUAGUAUACUCUCGGCAUGUGAGCAGCAGCGCGCUCAUGCAGAAGUAAUGAAGACUAGAUGAGGGUGGUGUGACAUAUCUGCACAGCGAAUUAGAUAAGCGCUGUGCUCAUUAUAGCUGCAGGAGCAGACAAAGAAUGUUGUAAGAAACGGAAAGGAGGGGUGGGGUGGGGGGUCGUCACCUUCGACCUCGGUAGACCUUACAACUCAAAUUGGACGAAGGAUGUAUGAAGAUGUGUGGGAGUAAAAUCUGUGCAUGCUCGUCCGCUUACGCUAAUGUUUUCUAUGUGAGGGGAAGAAUACGAUAUAAAUUCGGAAUCUGUAUUCUGCACACUCAUAAGCUCACACUUGCAAGUGAUGUGAAGACAGAAUUUGUAUGUUUCCUCAAACUUUUAAGUGAGUUAUCCUGUUUUUACUGCAAGUGUAGAUCAGGAUUCUACACAUUUAAUAUGUACCUAGGAUUGGUGGAUUCAUCAAAUAAAAUGAUAGUUUGAGUCACUUUGUUCUUAUUUCUUGGCAACAAACAUUAAAAAUACUUCCCAGUACAUCAUA